UCCAAUCCAAUUCACAAAAAAAAUCCCAGUGUUAAUUCACAAUGGCAAGUCCAUUUGUGAGUCAAUGGUAAUUGUUGAAUACAUUGAUGAGACAUUUGAAGGCCCUUCCAUCUUGCCUAAAGACCCUUAUGACCGAGCUUUAGCUCGUUUUUGGGUCAAGUUCCUUGAAGAUCAGGUGGCAGCAGUGGGGAAAAGUAACUUUCUGAAAGGAGAGGAACAAGAGAAAGCAAAAAAGGAAGCUUGUGAGAUGUUGAAAAUUCUUGAAAAUGAACUCAAGGACAAGAAGUACUUUGUUGGUGACAAAUUUGGAUUUGCUGAUAUUGCUGCUAAUGUAUUGGCAAUUUGGCUUGGAGUUUUUGAAGAAGCCUCUGGAGUGCCAUUGGUUACAAGUGAAAAUUAUCCAAAUUUAUAUGCUUGGAGAAAUGAAUAUUGCAAUCAAAAUAAGGAAUAUUUACCUUCCAGAGAUGAAUUGCUUGCCCAUUUCCAAGCUCUAUUUCCAGCUAAAGCAAAAUGAAUACCUUUAUAGUGAAUUUCAAGAAUUGUGUGGCAAUAAAAAUGUGAGAUGGAUUGAAUAAAAGUGAGUUCAAUUGGUAUGGUGUAAAAAAAUAAUGUUGAAUAUGACGUGUUAAUAAUUUGAUAUUAGUAAUGAUGGUAUUAGUGA